AUGCCAGAUUCCCUAAGGAAGCUGGCAAUGGUGGUACACAGGGCACUGAAGCGAGAAGUCUUUAGGAGUGGACCUGAAGAAAAAGCAACAAGAGGAGGAGGCCUUGGCUUGUAUGUGGAGGACAGGAGAGAGGAACCGUCUGAUUUAAAAGUUGUUCUUUUGCACCCCUCACAGACAGACAAGGUCACAGGGGCAGUGAUUUAUCAUGCACUGCAUUUGUUUCUGAUUGUCUUGGGAUGUUUGAUCUUAGCUGUCUUGACAACUUUCAAGGAGUAUGAAACUGUUUCGGGAGACUGGCUCCUCUUACUGGAAACUUUUGCCAUUUUCAUCUUUGGAGCAGAGUUUGCCUUAAGAAUCUGGGCUGCUGGGUGUUGCUGUCGCUACAAAGGAUGGAGGGGGAGACUCAAAUUUGCCAGGAAGCCUUUGUGCAUGCUGGAUAUCUUUGUGCUGAUUGCUUCAGUGCCAGUGGUUGCUGUCGGGAACCAGGGCAAUGUUCUGGCCACAUCUCUCAGAAGCCUCCGCUUCCUUCAGAUCCUACGGAUGCUCCGAAUGGACAGGCGGGGUGGCACAUGGAAACUUUUGGGAUCAGCCAUUUGUGCACAUAGCAAAGAACUCAUCACUGCUUGGUACAUCGGCUUCCUGACACUCAUUCUGUCCUCGUUUCUUGUUUAUCUGGUUGAAAAAGAUGUUCCUGAAAAGGAUGCUAACGGAGUGGAGAUGAAGGAAGAGUUUGAAACCUAUGCAGAUGCACUGUGGUGGGGGCUGAUCACUCUUGCUACGAUUGGGUAUGGCGACAAGACCCCCAAAACAUGGGAGGGACGGCUGAUUGCAGCUACGUUCUCUCUGAUUGGAGUAUCUUUCUUUGCUCUUCCCGCAGGCAUUUUGGGCUCAGGGCUGGCACUGAAGGUCCAGGAGCAACAUCGUCAAAAACAUUUUGAGAAAAGAAGAAAGCCAGCAGCUGAACUCAUUCAGGCUGCCUGGAGAUACUAUGCUACUAACCCCAACAGGAUUGAUCUAGUUGCUACCUGGAGGUUUUAUGAAUCAAUUGUAUCAUUUCCAUUUUUCAGGAAAGAGCAAUUGGAUGGUACUGCCAGCCAAAAGCUGGGUCUCUUGGAUCGGGUUCGUGGUACCAAUACUAAAGGAAAGCUAUUUACCCCUCUGAAUGUAGAUGCCAUUGAAGAAAGUCCUUCAAAAGAGCCUAAGAAUGUUGUCUUGAAUAAUAAGGAGCGUUUUCGCACUGCAUUCCGAAUGAAAGCGUACGCUUUUUGGCAAAGCUCAGAAGAUGCAGGAACAGGGGAACCCAUGGCAGAAGAGAGAGGCGACAGUAGCGACUUCCUUAUGGAAGAUAUGAUCCCUACAUUCAAGACAGCCAUCCGAGCUGUCAGGUAA